CUGUUUUCUAGUGUGGAUAUCAUUCUCUACCCACCAAACUGCGAACCUAUACCACUAUACGCAUCACUUGAAAGACUUAGAUAUGUUGGUAUCAUUGACAGCUUUAACUUUACUGGGUGUCUUCCACAGUGCGGUAUUUGCGACCACUCGUUGAGUGAGUCCGACUACGUCACGUACAACCUGAUUGUAAGCGGAGUGAUUCUUCCACUGAUUGGCUUAUUCGGUCUCGUUGGAAACGGACUUUCAGCAUUUAUAUUCAGUCGAGCUGAGAUGCGGUCUUCCACUAACCUUUACUUGUGUGCAUUAGGCUGUUCGGACAGCGCUGUCAUUCUAACAGGAAUUUUCCUCUUUUUUCUUGACAGUGUCAGAAAAUUCUCUCUGAAUUUAACACGAAUAUUUGGGUUAUUUUCACCUAUUGUUUUUCCUAUGGGUAUGACUGCACAGACGUGUUCGGUGUACUUCACUAUCUUCGCAGCAGCCGAUUGCUUUGCUAAGGUCUGCCUACCUGAAAAUGUGAAAAAUUCCGUGGCAAAAUCGAAGUUUAUUCGUCGUUGCAUCGUUUUUGUGUUUAUAUUCUCCGUUCUGUACAAUAUUCCUCAUUGUUUCGAGGCCAUAGUUAUCGACUGUUUUCAUGAAACCCUCGGAGGCUCCUCAUGGGAAGUUUGCCCAGAGACUAUGAGAUACAACGAAUUAUAUCAGGAAGUUUACUACAAAUACAUGUAUGCAAUAUUCUUAGCUGUUGGCCCACUCAUCAUACUCGUUAUUUUGAAUACGUUCAUUAUUGGUAAGUUUACAUUUAUAUUGUUUAUUUUAUAUAAAUUUGAAUCUACUAUACUUGUAGUUCUUCUCUUUAUUGCUUGCAAUGCAGCAGCUCUGCUUCUGAAUACUUUUGAAGCUAAAAUAGUAGAGGCGAUUGGGCCGUAUAUAAACUAUAUCGUGGAUCUUUCAAACCUACUUGUUGUCUUCAAUUCAAGGUACUGGAAACCACUUAUUUCAACAAUGUUUGGAGAGAAGUGUUCACGUGACAGACGCAACCUACCACACCUUUCAUUCGCCUGGUUUUCCCGUGCUGCCGGCCAAUAG